CCUAGCCCCCAAAUUUCCCUCCUCGUACUCUGGCGCUCAUUCCCCCUUCCUUCCCUCCAUUUCUCUCUCUCUCUUCUCUUUCUCGAUCUCUCUCACCUCACCACCACUAUUAACUCUAUAUCUCAUCCCCCCCACCCCAUACUCCGCCACCGGAGACAUGGACUCCGACGAGGGUAAGCUUUUCAUUGGUGGAAUAGCUUGGGACACCUCCGAGGAGAAGCUUAGGGACUAUUUCUCUCAAUUCGGUGAGGUUAUUCAAGCCGUUAUUAUGCGCGACAAGACCACUGGCCGUCCUCGUGGUUUUGGCUUUGUUGUCUUCUCUGAUCCUUCCCUUCUCGAUCAGGUUCUUCAAGAUAAGCACACCAUCGAUGGCCGCCAGGUGGAGGCAAAAAGGGCGCUAUCAAGAGAGGAACAACAAACUUCCACAAGAAGUGGCAUUAACAACUCCGGUAGAAGUUCUGGAGGUAGUGGAUAUUUUAGGACCAAGAAAAUAUUUGUGGGAGGCCUACCAUCGGCACUAACAGAAGAUGGGUUCCGGCAGUAUUUUGAAAGUUAUGGUCAAGUAACUGAUGUAGUGAUAAUGUAUGACCAAAAUACUCAAAGACCUCGUGGAUUUGGUUUCAUAACAUUUGACAAUGAAGAUGCAGUUGAUAGAGUACUUUAUAAGAGCUUUCAUGAACUGAAUGGUAAACUUGUAGAGGUGAAACGGGCACUUCCUAAAGAUGCAAAUCCAGGAAGUGGUGGCCGUGGAGGCUAUCAAAAUUAUGGUGCUUCCGGCACUAAUUCUAACAGCUUUGAUGGUAGAUCAGAUGGCAAUAGAUAUAUGCAACCUCAGUCUACUGCUGGUGGUUUCCCCCCAUAUUCUGGUUAUAGUGUAUCAGGUUAUGGUUAUGGAGGACCGAACAGUGGUGUCCCUUAUGGAAGUUACGGUAGUUAUGGUGUCGGUAUGUAUGGUGGUGCAAAUGCUGGAUUUGGUGGUCCAGCUGGACCAUUUGGAAAUCCAGGUGCUGUCAAUGCUGGUUAUCUAAGUGGAGCACCUGGGGCCAUGAAAAGUUCUUGGACCAACCAAGCUCCAGGAUACGGUGGUCCUGGCUAUGGUGCCAGUCCAGGCUUUGGGGCUGCAGCUCCUUGGAAUGCCUCAGGUACUGGAGCACCUCCUUCUGCCCCAAGGGGCCAAUCGCCUAGUGGGGCUUCCGGGUAUGGGAAUCAGGGUUAUUAUGGUGGAAACGAUGGUACUUAUGGUGGCUAUGGAGCCUCUGGUGGACGAGCUGCAAGUGCUCCAAAUAGCAAUGUUGGUACAGGUCAAAGUGGAGAGCAACAUGGCAUGAGCGGUGGGUACAUGGGGAGUGGCUAUGGUGACGCUAAUGGAAAUUCGGGUUACACCGGUGGUGGCUGGAGAUCUGAUGCUUCACAGACUCCAGGUGGUUAUGGUGGUGGAUAUGGUGGCAAUCAGUCCAGGCAUGGUUAACCCCCAUCACCACAUGUUUGCACAUGUCGUCCUUUUCCACGUGCAAGUCAUAUUACUGGAUGGGAACAGAUUCUGAGAAUGGUUGGAUCUCUUCAUUCUCAGUGCUAUCAGACAGUAGUAAUUCUAUAGUUGAAUAUGUCCAUUGCUUUCUAGCAGUAGUAAUAUUUAUUUUUAGGCUUGUUUUCCGGAGGUUGCUUAUUGUUGUGAGCAUUUGGUAAAUUGAAAACAUUGAUACACUUUUGUGUUUUUUUUCCUCCAUAUCUUAAUCUUAUGUAGAAGCUAGAAUAGUAUCUAUUUACUUUUUCUAUGUCGAAUCAUCGAUGAUGGGUGGUUAUGAGGAUAUUCUAUAUACUGUUAUUGUAUUGCAAGUUAAUUGUUUAUCAUGGUAAUUUGAGUA